GUAGCCUUAUCGUCAUAAAACCUGUCUGUUCUGUUUUUAUGCCUGCAUCGAGGCAGUCUGGAUUGGCCCCUCUAAACACAAGCAUCCGGCUGUUUCGUAAGAAUGCAGCACUCAACACUUCUCGAAAAAUUUUGCAGAAAUCAGUUAAUCGUUCCAUCAUCUCUGCGGCUUCAUUGAAGAGUAACAAUGCCUCACUGGCCAAACGGUUGGGCGAGUUGCAAAUCGAACUUCAAUCACAGCGCACCGCCGCCUACAAUGCUAACAUCGAGGCCAAUAAGCUGCGCCUCCAGUUGGCACAAGUGCAUAUGUGCAUGGAAUCAAGAAACAGACUGAAGGAAUGCUUGGUUCUUUUGCGUGAACAGGUGACCUCCAUGUUCGAAGCUGGGGUCAAUGUAACCCGGUGUGUGGAUGAGGUCUCCAGAAUGUUGGACUGCCCUAAUAUUGGUGAUCCGUCGAUUAUGCUUUCAGAGUCUGCGUCGAAACUUAUUAACUCCGACCAUCUCAAGGAACGCUCACAUCUCGUCGCACCCAAUUUGAACGCAACUGCCUCACCAGACCUCAGUUCUCUCGAAGCCCGACUCCGCAACGUCAUCACGAAGCGACCGAGGGUUCCCGAUGUGUCCACCGAUCAGGCAUCCGUGCUGGCUCCCAAAUUGACACCUAACCCUGUGCCAAAAAGCGGAGGGGCGAUUCCUGGAUGUUCCAUUUUCAAUCCUGAAUCUCCGGUUCCCUCUGUUCAGACAACUCCCGUUAUGGUUCAUCUCGAAUCACCCCUUUCUCUGAAGCCCAAGGAUUCUGAUUCCCUGGUCACCCUCGACCUCAAACAAUCCCCAUCACACGUUCCCGCUUAUCGAUCACCUCCUUCAAUGCCACCACCAACGGCACCAUCUCCUCUAUCUCCCAGUCUAUCUUUUCAACCCACACCAAGCAGCACCGAGGUACCAUUGCCAUCCGAUCUCCCUUCCCCAAUCGUGCGCCUUGAGAACCACAUACCGACUGCUCAACUUCCGUCUCCCAUUGCACCUCGGGCUCACCUCAUGCGCGAGGCGCGUUGCAAAGCUGUGCCUAUCGUCGAUGCUUCCCCAACCUUGCUUGAGUCCCCAUAUUCCAAACCUGCCAGAUCGAAGCGACGGCGUGUUGUACGAGAGCAGGACAGUGGCGAUGAUGAGAACACCGGUGGUCGUAAGUCGAAAAAAUCCCUCACACGCAAGUCACUCGGUCCACACGCAAAUCCUCCGGGUCCACGAGUCGUGGAGGUUCACAUGAAUCGUCCUGGCCAGGUAGCUUUCCGUGCGGAUUUAAAGCACUCAACUGAACGGGUGGAAGCUAGCGGGUCAAGAAGCAAAAAGUCGGCAAAUACUGUGACCAUCACCAAAGGGUAUUCCAAAGAUACCGGCGCACCGAACGCGGCUAAAAGCGUUUUCGACCUGUCCGCCAAUCAAACUGCAAAUAUCUCUAUUCUUCCACCCACCCUGGAUGAAUUACGGCAAAAAGAAUUAGCGAAAAAGCAGCAGCCACUACAGGAGAGCUCGCGCAACCAACCUGUGCCAACUUCAUUCCCGCAACCGAAACCACCUCUGCUUACGAAUGGGCCGAACUCACGGUAUCCCAGUGCCGUUGGUGUGGAAAAUGUUGAUCCGACUCGAAUUUCUACUGUGCUGACUUCCUCAAUAGGUGCGCAUGAGAAGGGGGAUAUUGUUCCGACCGGACCUAAAUUUGGUCGGAAAACACCCGCUCGCUCUCCUUUGCAAUCAGCGCAAAAACCAACGCCGAGAUUUCGUCGCUUGUAUUUACGCGAUGACGACGAAAUUGAAACAGAGCCUAUGCGAAAACGGCGGUCUUCCACACGUGUGCGCAGCUCUCCUGAUGCCAGCAGUCGGCAGACGCGGUCGAAGCUGUCUCGACGAAACUGAACUCAUACGCCGUCGGCGCAACACUCGUACUUGCUAUCUAUCGCCCGCGAAGACAACAGCCUUCCCCAUUUCGUUUACUUUAUGUUUCUCUGACCAUUGUACACAUCCCCACUGGUUGCAACUCAUUUACUGUGAACAAAUUCAGUCGAAACCGCAUGUCGACAUGAGAUCUGCCUACCCCUUUUGCUAUCACUAGUAGCACAUGCGCACACAAUGUUCAAAUCACAUCAUUGUCUUUUCAUUCUUUUCUUUCCCUCACCGUGCACUUGGUUUUGCUACUCUUGUGGUUGAUGUUUUGUUUAAACGCACUUGAAGUGUCUUCCAUUCUUCCGGUGUGAAAUUUAUGCACUCUUUGGUGUUUGGCAUGCGGUAUCAAAUACAUCCAAUCAUGAUA